AUGGAAGUACUUACGCUCACUGGGGGCAGAGGCGCCAACCACAUCCUCGAGACCCAAGACCUCCAGUCUGCCAACGCCGUCCGCUACGGUGGGAACAUCCACGUCAUUGAUUUAAUCUCCGGGCAAUACUCGCAGGAGGUCAACGUUGAUUUUCCUGCUUGGGACGGGGACCAUCUUGCGCACCAACCUGAUCGGUCGCCGCGCCAAGGGCCAUGGCCCGCGUUCUCAACCUCCACGAAGAUCAGACCGGUCAUCAACAAAGUGUUCGACUCCGAAGACGCGCGGGCCGCGUAUGACUACCAGGUGACCCAGCAGCACGUUGAUAGGGUGUUCAUUGAAGUUUCGAAGGAUUGA